CGUCACGCUAACUUGAGCCCGGAAAGGAACGUCGACUUUCAGCGCACCUGUCCCUCCUCCAGCUUGCUGCGUCUUGGCCCGGAUCACCGACCACUUCCAAGAUGACCAUCAAUCCCACUUACCUCGCGCAGCGCACGCGCUCCUCCGUCAAUUGGGCCGAUGCAAAGUCUCGCGUUAUCCAGUCCUACAGAGCAUGGCUCAGAGCGUCCCCCGAGAUUCAGACCAUGUACUCCUUGAACCUCCCCGUAUCCGCAAUCCGGACGAAGAUUCGCCAAGAGUUUGAGAAGCACCGCUACGUCCAGCAGCUGGGCGUUGUUGAUGUUCUGUUGUUCCAGAGCCAUGCAGAGUACCAGGAAACGCUCAACUACUGGAAGCAGCUUUCGCAUGUGAUGAAAUACUUCCGGCCGGAAGAGGAGCCCGGUGCUAGAUUACCUCCUAACUUCAUCUCUGGCUUCUUGGAAGGCCGCAAUUGAAUUUUCCUUUCGAGUUUUCUCACUUGCCAUGAGUUUCUUCCGCCUUCGGGGAUUGGGUCAUUGCGUUGCGUCCCAGAUAGAGAGCGGUCAUGUAAAUAUUGUCAGACUAGCAAAUCGCACCUUUUUGUUUCAUUCUGCCUUUCCAGUACUUGAAAAGAUCAUAGAAGGCAAUGGACAUCU